AUGGCGGGCUUGGGCGAGGACAGGGGCAAACCCCGCCCCUUUUCCUGGAGCGAGAGCCUGCAUGAUUAUAGGCUCAGGAGCGUGUUCCUGAUCAACAUAGCGAGCAUAUUAGAGAAGUGCGACGAGCAAAUCCUGCCUGCCGUGUACAACUGGGUGGGCGCAUCCUUCAACGCCACCCCCAAGCAGCUGGGGGCCAUCACGCUGGGACGGGCGAUGAUGCAGGCGCUGUCGAGCCCGCUGGGCGGCGUGGCAGGCCACUUCAUGCCGCGCGGCACGGUGAUAGCGGCGGGGUGCUGGCUGUGGGCCACAAUGACCGCCCUCUUUGCCUGCACCACCCGGUUGUAUGUCGCCAUGCCCAUCUGUGCCAUGAACGGCGUCGGCCUGGCCCUAGUCAUCCCCAACGUGCACGCCAUGGCGGGCCUGCUCAACUUCCUGUUUGUGCACGACCCCACCUACCAGCAGCACCAGCAGCGCGCCGCCGCGCAGGCGGCCAGCAGCGGCGGCGCCGAGAAGCUGGGGGCCAUGGUGCGGCGGCUGGCGGGGGAGGUUGGCGGCGUGAUGAAGAUCCCGACCUUUGGAAUCAUCAUCGUCCAGGGCAUCGUGGGCUCUGUGCCCUACGCCUCCCUCAUCUUCCUCACCCUCUACUUUCAGGCGCGCCCCACCCCAUCCUGCCUGCCGCGCCGCGGCGGGCUGGGUGGGCUGCUGGGCGGGUGGAUCGGCGACUGCGCGGCGCGGCGCUUCCCCGACCACGGCCGCAUCGUGGCCACACAGUUUUCGGUCAUAGUGGGGGUGCCCUUUGCGCUGCUGCUGUUCAAGGGCCUGCCCAUGGACGGCGGUACGGAGGCGGUGUGGCUGUACCGCGGCGUCAUCACCGCCUUUGCGCUGCUCACCGCCUGGCCCGCGCCCUGCUGCAACAACCCCGCCUUUGCCGAGAUCGUGCCCGCGGCGCAGCGCAACCUCAUCUACGCCUUUGACCGCUGCUUCGAGGGCGCCAUGGCCGCCUGCUCCGCGCCGCUGGUGGGCAUGCUGGCGGAGGACUGGUUUGGCUUCCGUGGCACCUCCAAGGUGACGGGCAACCGCAAGGCCGACCUGCACAACGCAAAGGCCCUGGGCUCGGCGCUGCUGGCCUUCACCACGGUGCCCUGGAUCUUCUGCUUCCUGAUGUACAGCGGCCUGCACGCCACAUACCCCCGCGACCGCCGCCGCGCCUCGGAGCGCCAGCGGUCCGGCGGGCGCGAGUGGGAGUUUGAGGCGGAUGCUGCGGCCGCGGCGGUGGCGGAGGAGGCGGUGCCGCUGCGGGAGCGCAGCACCAGCCCGCCGCGCCAGCGCAGCAGCCCCACCCGCAUGGCCGCCAGCUACCAGCAGGCGGAUGGGCAGAGCCUGGCGCAGCAGCUGAGCCGGGAGGGCAGCGGGUGGCAGGGGCCCACCCGCUCGACGGCGCACUGGUCGGCUCCAGACCUGCGAUAG